CCGCAUCUCCCCCAGCGCCCCCUCCCUCAGGAUGUCCCAGCUCUCUUCCACCUUGAAGCGCUAUGUGGAUUCUCCCCGCUACUCGGACACCUUGCCUUGCAGCAAAGCCUCCACCAGCUAUGCCACCUAUUCCUCCUACUCGUCGAAAUUCUCCUCCUCCUACUCAGACAAAGAGAAGCUCAACUACAAGCCCACCACUCCUUCCAGCUACUUGACUUCUACCCACCUGCGGACGUCGGGGGCCACCACCUCCUCUUCCUUGAACUUCGAUGGGGGAGGGAGGCUGCUCCAGCGCCCGGACUCGGGCACCAGGUUGAGCCCUGGGUAUAGCCGGGUCCCCGUGAGGCCCUCUGGAGGGCUGAGUGGAGGGGCCACCUACUCCUUUGGGAACGCGCCCUCGACCAGCUAUGGCUCCACCCCGCUGGGACGCAAGAAGUCCAGCAGCCAUUCCGACUUGGCACGGGAUCUCUCCUCCAUGCACCUGUCCUCAGACCCCUACCCUUCCACCUCCACCCGCAGCCCCUUCACCGCCCGUCCCCGACAAGAGCUCUGCAGCAUCCAAGGAAUUUACCAGCCCAGCAGACACUCGGAUUACGUCCAGGAUUACUUGGACUCCUACAGCCGGAAAGGGGGGCAUUCCCCGGGCCCUGGCAUGCAUGGCUCCACGCCGGAGGUCAUCACCCCAUCCCUGCGCCCCACUAGCCGUUCCUCCGUUCAGCAGUGGGAGUGGACUGACAGCCAGACAGACCUCCUGAGCAAGGAGAAUCCG